AUGUCAAAGCUCUCCGACUCCCGCAAGGGGAGCUCCGUGUCCGCAGUUCCCCCGCACCACCACUCUCCAUCACCGUUAUCCGGCGAGGAUACUCUCUAUCUCUCCUCCGCCGACUGGUUUGCCGAUCUGAAACUGGGCUCUCCGUACGCCCAGGGCUCAGUUCCGCCGUCUCUCGCGCCCGCUUCGCCGCAGCCGCCAAUGUCCCAGCUCACGCCACUUACACCUCUCUCUCAGUCUUCCCAGCUUCACAUGUUUCCCGACAUGCCGGUACCCACAUUCGAGCACGGCAACUACCUGACUGUGAACGCACAGCUUCCAUGGUCCUCCGAUUCCCUCAUGGUACCUCCCCUAUAUCAUGACAUGUCAAGUCAGGGCAGCAGCCCAUCAGCCAGGCUGUCUUCAGAGACGCCCUCGUUCCAAGACGCCGACACCCCGGCUGCAGAGCAGCAACAGCCUCCCAAGAAGCCAAAGCGGAGCCGCCCGAAUCGCUACAAGAACGCGCCACCGGCCGUCAUUCAGCGCCGGAGAGCCGCCAACAGAAAGUCGCAGCGCGCCUACCGCAAGCGCAAGGACGAUCGCAUCGCCGAGCUCGAGGAGCUCCUCCGACAGGCCGCCGAGCGCGAGCGCGACAUGAGCCGCGCCUACGCGACGCUGCGCACCGAGUACGAGCAACAGCUACUGAUGGGAGGCGGCGGCAGUAGUAGCUCCGGUAGCGGUAGCAGAAGCCGUCAUCACGGCCGCCCGCCCAGCGCCGCCGCCGCCGCGUCCGAGGAAGAGGAUGCGGCAGGAGUGACGAUUGCGCCGACGUUCCUCGCCAUGGCCGCCUUUUCACAGCAGCAAAACGGCGACGGCAGCCUCAUCGCGCCUCAGCUGCUAGAUCCGCAGCAGCCGCAACAACUGACACCCUCACCGCACCUCCUCCCCAUCUACCCACCAGCCCCCAUGCGACACACGCGGGCUUGA